GAGCGGUUACAGCUUGGUUUAAUGUAGUCAUAUAAUGCAGGACAGAAAAAAACUAAUUACUAGUGAUCAGUGGUGUAAAACUAAUCACAAAAACAAACUGGAGAUUUGUGAUACGUUUACUGCAGAAACUGAAGCGCAAUUCUGUAGUCUCGUUGUCUACUUUGACAGAAAAAAAAAAUAAUGGAGAGUUAAUGAAACUACUGUAGAUCGACACAGACGUGCGUUUCAUUGUUCUUCAUUAUUUUUUUCCUUCCUUGGCGGGCUGCGCUGCACCGUCAAGGUAAUCCCUACUCUUUGGCUAAAUGGCUGCUAGUUGCCGAAGGCCAAAUAAAUAAAUUAAAAAAAAUCCCCACCCUUCGACAGCUGACAAGCAAGUCACUAGAAAACGCAGCUGCAGUCAACAGUUGCUCGCCUUUGGCUAGUGUGUGCUGUCGUGUAGAACAAUGUCUUCACUCUUUUAUUGGUAUUGUUUUGACUCUGCAGUUACUCGUCGAGUUUUGAAGUACAGAAGAACUAGGAGGUUAUGGAUUCAUCCCAUAAAUAGCGACAGACAUUUAGGAGAGUUUUUUUCUUUACAUGAAGAACUUAAAAACUAUCCUGAAAAAUUUUAUUCAUAUUACAGAAUGAAUCAUAAUACAUUUCAGUAUGUGCUGCAGAACAUUCAAGACAAAAUUUCGAAACAGAACACAAAUUUUCGCAGAAGUAUAACAGCAGAAGAAAAAUUGUGUAUAACGAUAAGGUAUCUGUCCACUGGCAUCUCCUUUCAUGCACUAGCAUCGUCAUUCCGAUUAGGAGUGUCCACCGUAUCAGUGUUGGUGAAAGACGUUUGUAUGGCCAUAUGGGAGUCACUUGCCCCCAUUCAUUUACCAACGCCAACUGUUUCUCGAUUUAAAGAAAUUGCCAGUGAAAUGCAUACGAGAUGGGGAUUUCCAAACUGUGUUGGAUGUAUAGACGGGAAGCACAUACGUGUCCAAUGUCCUAAACUUUCUGGCAGCAUGUUUUACAAUUACAAACAGUAUUAUUCGAUUGUACUCCAAGCAGUUGCUGAUGCAAAUUACAAAUUUAUAGCUGUGGAUGUUGGUGCCUACGGUAAACAGUCUGAUGCAGGCGUGUUUAAAGAAAGUAUGUUAUAUAAGAAACUUACAAAUGGGGAGCUGUUAUUACCGCCACCAACAAGACUUGAAGGAAUGUGUCAGGAACUACCGUACGUCAUUUUGGGAGAUGAAGCUUACCCCUUAUUAGAGAAUUUGAUGAGACCUUUUCCUCGCAGAAAUUUGGACAACGAGAAGAUUCUAUACAAUGAUAUGCAUUCCAGAGCAAGAAAAGUUGUUGAAUGUGCAUUUGGUAUAAUGACCAAUAAAUGGAGACUACUGAGGAAGGAAAUUGAAACAUCCGUUGACGUAGCUGAUCACAUAGUCAAGUGCAUUUGUCUACUUCAUAAUAUUGUCAUUGACAGAGAAGGAUGCAAUGUUGAAGCUGAAAAGUUUUGUAACAAUGCUGAUAUGCAGACAGCUGGUGCCACAUUCAACAGAAAUUCCACAUUACGUUCGAAAACUGUCAGGAACACUUUUGUUGAAUAUUUCGUUAAAAAUGCAACUUAAAAUAAUUGAAAAACCUCUCAAAUAAAUUUUGGAAUUGAAAUUACUUUGCUAUUUACUGUAUUUUUUUGUAUCUCAUUUCAC